CCCUGGGAGCCGCCAUGGACAGCCCCGUCCUGCCCAUCCGCCGCUCCCGCCGAGAGCUGGUGGAGGCCGUGAGGGAGCGGCCCUUCCUCAUCGUCACCGGCGAGACGGGCAGCGGUAAAAGCACGCAGCUGCCCAGGUACCUCUACGAGGCAGGGCUGGCCGAGCACGGAGCCAUCGGUGUGACCCAGCCCCGGCGCGUGGCCACCGUGUCGGUGGCACAGAGGGUGGCCGAGGAGAUGGGCUGUGCCCUGGGCACCCUCGUGGGGUACCAGGUGCGAUUCGACGACUGCACCUGCGAGGACACUGCCAUCAGGUACAUGACUGACGGGUGCCUGCUGAGGCACAUCCUGGCUGACCCCCUGCUCAGCAAGUACAGCAUCAUCAUCUUGGAUGAAGCCCACGAGAGGAGCCUCAGCACUGAUAUUUUAUUUGGUUUGCUGAAGAAGCUGUUCCUGCAGGAGAAGCCAGCAGGCAGGAGGACAGACAUGAAGGUGGUGGUGAUGUCAGCCACCCUGGAGGUGGAGAAGCUCUCAGAGUUCUUUGGGCACUGCUCAGUGCUGCACAUUCCAGGCAGGAGUUACCCUGUCAAGGAGAUAUUCUGCAACCUGCUGAGCCCCAGGGAUGUGGGCAGCUCUGCCUAUGUCACAGAGGCUGUGAAGGUCGCCCUGGAUGUUCACUUAAAUGAACCAGAAGGUGACAUCCUGGUUUUCCUCACAGGGCAGAAUGAGAUAGAGAGAGCUUGUGAUGUGCUUUUCAAGAGAGCAGAGUCCAUCGAUUACCGCUACGAGGUGCACGACCGCGCUGUGGAGGGGCUGCUCAUCCUGCCCCUCUACGGCUCCAUGUCCACAGAUCAACAGAAAAGGAUAUUUUUGCCAGCCCCCAGAGGCAUCAGAAAAUGUGUGGUCUCCACAAACAUUGCUGCAACAUCUCUGACCAUUGAAGGAGUCAGAUAUGUGGUGGACAGUGGCUUUGUGAAGCAGCUGAACCAUAAUCCCAGAGUGGGUUUGGACAUCCUGGAGGUGGUUCCCAUCUCAAAGAGCGAAGCCAAGCAGCGAGCCGGGCGCGCGGGCCGGACGUCGUCGGGGAAGAGUUUUGGGUUGUACAGCAGGGAGUUCUGGGAGCAGUGCAUGCCCCAGCACACCGUGCCAGAGAUCAGGAGGACCAGCCUGACAUCUGUGAUCCUCACCUUGAAAUGCCUUUCCGUGCACGAUGUCAUCAGGUUUCCCUAUUUGGACCCCCCUGAGGAAAGACACAUUUUGGAAGCUCUGAAGGAACUUUACCAGUGCAAUGCUAUUGACAGGAGAGGCCAUGUGACCAGACUGGGAGAAUUCCUGGUGCAGUUUCCCCUCCCUCCCAACCUGUCCUGUGCUGUGAUUAAAGCUGCUUCCCUGGGCUGUGAGGAUCUGCUGCUCCCCAUUGCAGCCAUGCUGUCAGUGGAAAACGUCUUCAUCCGCCCAGGUGAUCCUCAGAAGCAGAAGGAGGCUGAGCUUCAGCACCAGGAACUUGCCUCUCAAGUGGGAGGAUGCAAUGACUUUGCAACCCUCUUAAAUAUUUUUGAACAGUGCAAAGCAAGCAAGUCUCCUUCAGCCUGGUGCCAGAAAUACUGGAUCCAUUGGAGAGCUGUGAAAUCUGCUUUUAGUGUGGAAAGGCAGCUGCGGGAAAUAACCACUAAACUGAAACAGCUGCCAGACUUCCCUAAGGAGACAUUUGAAGGCUCCAGAACUGAAAUCCUGAGAAGAUGCCUGUGUGCAGGAUACUUCGUUAAUGUUGCUAGGAGAUCUGCAGCCAGGACAUUCUGCACCAUGGACGGGCAUGGCAGCAUAGUCUACAUCCACCCUUCAUCCACACUGUACAACCAGGAGACCCUGCUGGAGUGGAUCAUCUUCCACGACGUGGCCGUCACCUCCAAGAUCUACGUGCGCACCGUGUGCCCCGUGCGCUACGAGUGGCUCCGGGAGCUGCUGCCCAGGCUGCACCAGGUGGAUGCCUACGAGCUCAGCAGUGUGGCCAGGGAGGAGGUGACUGAGGAGGAAAUAACCAGGUGGAAGCAGAGGGAGGAGCUCAAAAGGCUCUUUGAAGGAGCCCCAGAGAGCUCUGCAGGGAAGAUGGAGAGGAGGAACGAUGAGCAAUCCAUCCAGGACGCCCGAGCUCGCUACCUGCAGAGGAAGCAGCAAAGAGCUCAGGCUCUGAGUGGCCCCGAGAAGGAAAUGGGCUAA